CAAACGCCGCACAUCAAAGAAAGAAAAAAAAAGUAUAAAAAGUCAUCUCCUUGCGUUUUGAUGGUGUUUCUCUGGAAGCUUCGAAGUUGAAAAAUCGAAAAUAAUCAUAAAAUUUCGCAGCUUUGCAACAUUUAAGGUAACUUCCCGAUACGUUUCGAUGUGGCGCAUGUGGUGACGAAGAAACCUCGGGUUGGUUCCAUUAGCAUUUUCAACUGUUUGCAUCAUCAAGAGGAGCUCAACAACUCGGCACCAGAGGAGAGUCGGAUUGGUAUAAAAAAUCGAUUUUCGUUGGUGGUGAGUAUUCUGGAGAAAGCGGAAAGGGCCUUUCGGAAGAACUGUGAUGGCCACCGAAACCACGGCGACCGGAGCCGUUCCGGUAGCCCGCGGUGUAUCGCGAGUUUUGGCCAAGCUGGAAUCGUCUAUUGAGACCGGGAACUACUACGAGGCCCACCAGAUGUACCGGAUGUUGUACUUCCGAUAUCUGUCCCUGAGGAAGUACGAAGAACUGCUGGACAUUUUAUACCAGGGAGCCCUGACCCUGGUGAAUCACGAUCAGCACACGAGCGGGGCCGAUCUCGGUCUGCUCAUAGUGGACACACUCGAGAAAGGUAAAAUUACGGAAGACGCUGAGAAGUGGAUGCAGAAGAUUGCCCUGCUUUUGAGCAAGAUUCUGCCGAGUGUGGUCGAGCGGGAAACAUUGUUGGUGAAAGCAGUCAAGUGGAGCGCCUCGGUAUCAAAGUCCCAAGUCGGGCACCCACUGAUGCACAAGUUAAUUGCGCAAAUAAUGUGGAAUGAGGAUAACUUGGCACAGGCACGGCACCACUUUCUUUUAUCGAAGGACGGGAGCGGUUGUGGCCACAUGUUGGUUCAACUUAGUCAAACCAAGGGAUUUCCGUCCGAGAUGGAUCUCUUCAUUGCGCAGGUAAUCUUGCAGCAGCUUUGCCUGAAGGAAACUUCCACGGCGGCGGAAACCUUUGCCACCUACACCAAGUACCAUCCGAAAAUUGCCUGCACCGAGCCACCGUUUAUAACACCGCUGCUGAACUUUAUAUUUUUCCUGCUUCGGACAAUCGAGGCCAAUCAACGGAAGUUGAUUGUCUUCCGGACCCUUUGCGACCUCUACAAACCUUCGCUGGAACGAGAUCCGUCCUACGAGAAGUAUCUGCAGAAGAUCGGGAUGAUAUUCUUCGGGGCCAGUCAGCCACAGCGGCCCCAAACCGAAGGAAUGGGUGGCAUAUUUGGAGAUUUGUUAAACCAGUUCUUCCAAGGAUUGGACGAUGAUUUGGAAGAUGAACCGGCUGGUGGGAGUCAUCCUCGUGCCGUUGCCGGUUCGGCACCAGCAGUCAAAGAGGACCUGGAUUAGGAUUGAUGAGUGGUAAAGUUUAUUUUUGACUAGCAGUAUGUACCCGGCCUUGCUCGGAGUUGCCAGUUUGAUUCGCAGUUUUUUCACAAUCGGAAAAUGAAUAAACCAAUUGGUCAACAGGAUAA